AUGUUAAGGCUUUUGGGAAGAAGAGCAGUUUCAGCUUCUUCAGAGCUUACUUCUACUCAUCAAUGUAGGAUCCGACCCGGAAACGAUCCUUUUCGAAGUUUCCGAGGACUACAAAAGGGUUUCUGCAUUAGUGUUCUCCCUGACGGAGUUGAUAGAAACUCUGAGGCUUUUUCUAGCAACUCUAUCGCCAUGGAAAGGAUCUUAUCAGAGCUUCGCUCCCACAUCACAAAGGUUUUGGAUGGAGGUGGAGAGGAGGCAGUGAAUAGGAACAGAAGUAGAAACAAGCUUUUACCUAGAGAAAGGAUUGAUAAGCUUCUUGAUCCUGGCUCUUCCUUCUUGGAGCUCUCUCAGCUUGCAGGACAUGAACUAUACGAGGAGCCAUUACCAUCAGGUGGCAUCAUCACAGGGAUAGGACCAAUCCAUGGCCAUCUUUGUAUGUUCAUGGCAAAUGAUCCUACAGUAAAAGGAGGCACUUAUUAUCCCAUAACCAUCAAGAAACACCUCAGAGCACAAGAGAUUGCUGCUCGGUGCAGACUCCCUUGCAUAUACCUUGUUGAUAGUGGCGGCGCUUACCUUCCCAAACAGGCAGAGGUUUUCCCUGACAAGGAGAAUUUCGGUAGAGUUUUCUACAACGAGUCUGUUAUGUCAUCAGAAGGGAUCCCACAGAUCGCUAUUGUGUUGGGAUCAUGCACUGCUGGUGGUGCUUAUAUCCCUGCCAUGGCUGAUGAGAGUGUCAUGGUGAAAGGGAAUGGUACCAUAUUUUUGGCAGGACCUCCUCUUGUGAAGGCUGCAACAGGAGAGGUAGUCUCAGCUGAGGAUUUAGGAGGCGCCACGGUUCAUUGUAAUGUCUCUGGUGUCUCGGAUUAUUUUGCUCAAGACGAGCUACAUGGACUUGCUAUUGGAAGAAACAUUGUCAAGAAUCUGCACAUGGCAGCAAAACAAGGGACAGAAGGAACAUUUGGAAGCAAAAACGUUGAAUACAAAGAACCACUCUAUGACAUAACCGAGCUUAGGUCCAUUGCUCCAGUAGACCACAAGCAGCAGUUUGAUAUCAGAUCUAUUAUAGCUAGGAUUGUUGAUAGGAGUGAGUUUGAUGAGUUCAAGAAACAAUACGGCACUACGCUUGUGACUGGUUUCGCUAGAAUAUAUGGUCAGACAGUAGGGAUCAUAGGGAACAAUGGCAUACUCUUCAAUGAAUCUGCAUUAAAAGGAGCUCACUUCAUUGAGUUAUGUUCUCAACGUAAAAUCCCUCUUGUUUUCCUACAGAACAUCACAGGCUUUAUGGUGGGUUCAAGAGCUGAGGCUAAUGGGAUUGCAAAAUCUGGAGCUAAAAUGGUGAUGGCAGUAUCUUGUGCUAAGGUACCAAAGAUAACAAUUGUAACUGGUGCAAGCUUUGGUGCUGGAAACUAUGCGAUGUGUGGCCGUGCAUUCAGUCCAGACUUCAUGUUCAUGUGGCCAAACGCUAGAAUAGGCAUCAUGGGAGGCCCUCAGGCGGCUGGUGUUUUAAGUCAGAUAGAAAGAGCUACCAAAAAGAGACAAGGAGUAAAGUGGACAGAAGAAGAGGAAGAAGUGUUCAAGAAGAAAACGGUGGAUGCGUAUGAGAGAGAGGCAAGUGCUUACUUCUCAACGGCGAGGCUUUGGGAUGAUGGAGUGAUUGAUCCAUCUGAUACAAGAAAGGUUUUGGGACUUUGUCUCUCUGCUGCUUCAAACCGUCCUCUAGAAGAUACUCGUUUUGGUGUCUUUAGAAUGUAA